AUGGCUGCAACAGGAGCUACACACCGACCGAACCAGCAAAUCACCAUUAGCAACACGGCCAUCUCAUUGGCCAAGGACUUCCUGGCCGGUGGUGUGUCUGCUGCCAUCUCCAAGACUGCUCUAGCCCCCAUUGAGAGAGUCAAGCUUCUCCUGCAAGUCCAGCCUGCAAGCAAACAGAUCACCGCUGACAGGCAGUACAAGGGCAUUUGGGCUGUGUUGUCUGUAUUCCCAAAGAACAAGGUUUCCUGUCUUUCUGGUGCGGUAACCUUGCCAACGUGA